AUGUCUUCAACUCGUCCAACAGCACCACCACCUCCUACACCAAAACCAGGAAGAGUGAAAGUGUAUCGAGCGCUGUAUGAUUUUCAAGCCAGAUCUGAUGAAGAACUGGCAUUCACAGAAGGAGAAUUGAUGUAUGUCAGCGAUGAGCAACCUAACAAAGACUGGUUCCAAGCAAGCAUUGGUGGCAAGAAAGGAUUAGUUCCUGCGAAUUACGUGAUAAGUGAAAACAUGGAAGAAUUGCCGAACCCUCUACAUGAAGCAGCUCGGAGAGGAAAUAUGGAUAUGCUGGCAGAAUGUCUUCGAGAACGUGUUUCAGUCAAUUCACUCGACAAAUCAGGUUCGACGCCUUUGUAUUGGGCUGCUCACGGCGGUCAUUUAGCUGCCGUAGACAUGUUGCUCAAACAAACAAAGGUCGCAGUUUCAGUUCAGAACAAACUUGGUGACACACCACUCCAUGCCGCUGCCUACAAAGGGCACACAGAGUGCGUGCGGUUACUUCUGGAAGCCUCCGCGAAUGCAUUCAUUAGGAAUCAGGACCAGAAACUACCAAUAGAUGUUUCAAAGGAUGCUGAUAUCUCUGCCCUACUCGACAAAGCAAUGAAGGAGAACAGGGUAAAUGAGCAAGAAUAUGCUGAGUAUUUGUCGGAUUCUGAUGCUGAUUAA